AUGGACGACUCAACUCAUACGCCGAUAGAAGACAACCACUCUCACAAUCCGACAGCCACUGUCCUAGGCCUCCCACAAGAAUUGCGCGACCUAAUCCUCGCCCACAUCCUCAUCAAACCCACCAACACAAUCACAAUGCUCCCCAACUUCACCUGCCACGCCAACGAGAUCUCCGCCCUACAACCACCUGUCAGCCAAGUAAACCGACAGCUCCGCCACGAAACCUUGCCAGUCUUCUACUCCGCCAACACCUUCACCGCACAACUGGACAACGCCGUCGAUCUCGACAUCGCGCUGGCCUGGCUGACCGCCAUCGGCGACGACAAUAUCUCCCAUCUCCGCAAGAUCAUCCUAUGUGGCUGGACUAGAGUUCCAUUCGGACGCAUGAUCACGAAGCGAUUCUUGAGGGUUGUGCUGGAUUUGAAGGCGGGGAGUUUGGAGAUGGAGAGUAUGGAGGGGGAUUAUGGAAGUAGUGAUUAUGGGCUCAAAGAGGACGGGUUGGAGAUUAAGAAGAGUGUGGAGGAGUUGAAGGCGGUUUUUGGGAAGAUGGUGAAGGCAAGGGGUGGGAGAGCCUUUGAUGAGCGGAGUUUGAUGGAGUUGAUGUUGGGGUUUCAUGGGCUUUGUACGGGGUAUUGA